CAAGGUCUUGAGCCCACUCCAAACAUUCAAGAGCAGCUGGCUCAGCAAAGAGACUCUCUAACACAAGAACUGGACCAGGCAUGGGAACACAUCAAAGGACAGCAAAUUAACACAAUCACCCGAAAAUGAUGACAUCUUGUUGGCAUGAACGUUUACUAAACGUCGUAUCCGGUGUGAACGACAUCAUUACGAUUUUGGGCGUAGUUUGUCCGUUUG